GGAGUUUUACGUUUGUUUUAAAUCAAACGGCAACCGAAGAACCGAACCGCUCGGAACGCUGUGCCGAGCGCCCGUCCGCCCGUCCGUUUUCCCGCGACUCUGUGAUGCAGAGGCAGAGGCAGAGGCAUAGCCAACUGUAGGCGAACGGAACUCGAACGUUUCGUCGCGGCACGCAGAGAAAGCGGGACGGGCGCGCGCGUUGUUUAUCGGCGGAGCAUUUUUUUUUCACCCGGUCUAUGUACGCGUGUGUGUCCCCGACAGUUUAGAUCUCCCGAUCCACGAUUAUACGCGGCACAUAUCGUGUCGAUUCUCCCAUUCGGACGAUAGGGCUCGUCGUUGCAGACAAUGGCCACGAUCAGGGUGUACCAGGAAGAUCAGGAGAACCGCGUUGUCGGCGCCGAUAUACGCGGCCGCGGCAAGGAGAACCUCGUUGCCGCCGCGAGCACGCAGACCCAAGGCUUCCAGCCGAACAAACGCGCCGUUCUUGGUGUUCUGCACAAUAAUUGCCCGCGACACGGAACAAAGCUCCAGGAGAAUCACAAGGAUGAAAAAUAUAUUAAAACAAAACCAUUUGUUCCACCACAAUCUGAGCCUUUCAAAAUUUAUGAUGAUAAGAAAGAGGAGCCAGUCUUCAAGAUUUACGAGGAUAAAUUGGAAGAAGAGACAUCUGUUGUACUUAGGGACUCAAAGGAAAAGAGAGAGACAAAAGUCGUGCAAGAAACAGUGGCAAAAUCCAAUAAAGAGCAGCCAAGAAUAGAAACACGUACUACAAGCAGUGUUAAUUUUGCAGCAUUUCGUAGUACCAUCGAAGAAAUCUGUCAAAAUAAACAAGAUGAUAUCUUCUCAAAAGAUAGUCCAAUGUCUUUGGAGAAGUCAUUGGAGAAGUCUCUGACGUAUAGCAGUUCUUCCAACAAAGAAUAUAAAACUAGAAGAGAAUAUAUUAAGGAAAUGAAAACUAAUUUCUUUGAUGUAGACGAAUAUAGGGCCGACAUAUAUAAUUAUUUACGUAUAUCAGAAACACUACAUAGACCAAAACCUGGUUACAUGAAGAAACAGCCUGAUAUUACAUACUCGAUGAGAUCUAUAUUAAUAGAUUGGCUUGUGGAAGUAGCCGAAGAAUAUCGACUGCAAGAUGAGACACUAUAUUUGGCUGUCUCGUAUAUAGAUCGCUUCUUAUCAUAUAUGAGCGUUGUAAGAACGAAAUUACAACUCGUUGGGACUGCUGCUAUGUUUAUCGCGGCGAAAUAUGAAGAAAUUUAUCCUCCCGAGGUAGGAGAAUUUGUAUAUAUCACAGAUGAUACAUACACAAAGACACAGGUAAUAAAAAUGGAGAACUUGAUAUUGAGGGUUUUAUCGUUCGAUCUAACUGUACCGACACAUUUCACAUUUCUAAUGGAAUACUGUAUCAACAACAAUUUGUCCGAUAAAAUUAAAUUCUUGGCAAUGUAUUUGUGCGAAUUAUCAAUGCUUGAGGCCGAUCCAUACCUACAGUAUUUGCCCAGUCAUUUGGCUGCGUCUGCAGUGGCGCUCGCGCGGCAUACAUUGCAGGAAGAGAUCUGGCCACACGAAUUGGAGCUAUCGACGGGAUAUGAUCUGAAAACUCUUAAGGAAUGUAUCACAUACUUGAGCAAGACCUUCUGCAAUGCUCCCAAUAUCCCACAAGUAGCAAUACAAGAAAAGUACAGAAGCAGCAAGUAUGGUCAUGUAUCUAUGCUGUUGCCUCGUAGUACCGAGGCGGUAUCAUGCGAGGAUGAAGAUGAAGAGGAAGGCAUUUAGUAAUAUUUUAAAACGAACACAGGAUUAAAGCGAUUUUUCUGUGUAUAAAUUGCUAAUUAAAUCUCCCGUGAGUGCCUAAUAUAUAUCAAUUAUGGAGGGGAUCAGGGCAAGACUGGCCUAUAAAAUGAAAAGCAUACAGUUUAUUUCUGUUAGCUUGUUUCGGUCUAGUCGAUACGUUUUAUGAAAGCAAGAAACAUGCCUGGCUCUGCUAUCUUCGUCGCACAUCAUUCUUGCAUCAUCGCCCAUAUGCAUUCUAGAUUGUGACCACAUAAAAAUUUUAAUAAUUGUUUCGGGUUUUGUAAUUAUAUCUCCAAUGUGCGAAGCUCUAGAGAGAGAGAGUGAGAGAAAGAGAUAUAACAUAUCUAGAAACUGUAUUUUUAUAAGUACUUUUUUAGAAGAAUGAUUAUAAAACACAACAAAGGCGCUGCUUUUUUCUCGUAGGUACAUAGCGCAAAACAAUUAAAUUGCCCUAAUAAGAAAAAGAAUCAGAAACAAAAAUAUUUAUAUUUAUUAUUAUCGUUUACAGUUAGAUGCACUAUUAACGAUACCAAUUAUCAAUAAAAAUGGCAAAUUUUAUUUAAAAUAUUUCCGUGAAAUUAAUUGCACACGUUUCGAUGAAUUUUUCAGUCAUUGUACAGUUAUUUAUUUACAGCAUUUUAGAUAUCCCGUAAUUAAUAUCAAAUGCGUAGUUUGCUUUGUUAGGAAAGAAAGUAAGGUAUCUUUUUAUAUAUAUAUCCCUGUACUGCAUUAUAUAUAUACAAAAGCGUUAGAUUAUGUGCUGUGCAAGAUUACACUGUUAAUUUCUUCGUGACACAAAUCACUUUAACAGUGAUGUUCUCUGUACGAAAGACACGCAUACAUUAUCUUCUAUAUCCAUCCAUUAAUUCAUAAUUUAUGAAUGUAACGGCGUAAAUUCGUAAUAAUUAAAUAUACAUCCAUUUUUCGAUGACGCACCCCCGUUUUCGAUUACAUAUAUUCCACGUGCAAUUUUGCACAGCAUAAUUGCCACAUUUUAAUAUAAAACUCAAAAUACCUAGGUGUUCAUCAAAUCUAAUAUGCAUGAGAAUAUGUUCGUAUAUAUGAAUUCAAAUAUAGAUAUAAAAAAAUGUUAUGGAAUCAUAAUACAUCGUUACACGAUUGCAUAUUUAGUUUUGCAUUAAUUGUAAAUUGUCAUUUAUUUCAUUGUUUCAUCAGAUAAUUGAAAAUAAGGACUAAAAUGUUCCAAUGAUUAUACUUACAUUGUGAAAUAUAAAUGUCUCCUCUCCGACACAUGUGCAAAAACAUUAGGUACAUUCAAGAUACAAAUCAAAACUACCUGUUAUAUAAAUUACAAAUAACAUUAAAGUAUUAUUAAAUUUUAAAAGGUAUGUUUUGUAAAAAUGAAACAAAGCUUCAAAAAGUGGUCUUUUCUUUGUAUCUUCUGAUUCUAUGACGUCGCCGUUCUUCUUUGAUAAAAAGUUGAAAAUGUAAUGUACGAAUGUUUUUUUUUUAUAUUAUAUUUUUAUAUAUAUCUGACAUAGUGGGUUUUAUACCACGUUAAAAUAUUAUAAAUUAUUCCGAAUCGUUUCGAUUUGACACAAAAUCGUUGUAUCAAAUGUUCCCUCUAUGAGUAAUAUGAAUUCAUAUAGAAGAAAAGCAUGAUUAAUAUAUAAUUGUAAAUAAUACCAAAAAUUCGUUCUCUUUACGAACGCUUUGGAAGGAUAUUUUGCAAAGAGGAAUAAAGAGGAAUGAAAAACAACC